AUGGCGAAACUAUUAAGUCAAGAGUUACCAGAUAUCGAGAAUUUACUCAAAUUAAAUCCAAAAGUCAAGCCUUUUAGCAACUUGGUACCAUCGGCGCAGACGAAGAAAAAUAAACAGCAUUGGAAGCGUAAUACGGACAGAAAAUGCACUACUUGUCCCUCACUGAAGAACAAUUUCGACGACAUCAAACAUACUACUCUAUCCGAGCGUGGCGCCCUCAAGGAAGCUGCUAGGUGCCUUAAAUGUGCCGAUGCGCCUUGCCAGAAGUCCUGCCCAACCCAAAUAGACGUCAAGAGUUUUAUCACCAGCAUUUCUAAUCGAAACUAUUAUGGAGCAGCUAAAGCAAUAUUAUCAGACAACCCUCUUGGACUUACAUGUGGUAUGGUGUGUCCAACAAGUGACCUAUGUGUGGGAGGGUGUAACCUUCACGCAAGCGAGGAAGGCGCUAUUAACAUCGGUGGAUUGCAGCAUUUCGCUGUUGAUAUUUUUAUGAAGAUGGGUAUCCAACAAACUCUGGACCCCGAUACGAAGCCGUUACCGAAGGGUGGUGAUCAAAAAAUUGCUCUCAUUGGCGGAGGCCCUGCGAGUAUUAGUUGUGCCUGCUUCUUGGCUAGACUUGGGUACAAGAACCUUACUGUUUACGAGAAGCAACAGUACCUCGGAGGUCUCAGUUCAUCUGAGAUUCCCCAAUAUCGCUUACCCUUCGACGUAGUCCAAUAUGAAGUAGAGUUAGUCAAGAAUUUAGGGGUCAAAUUUGUCACUGGAAGAGCGCUCUCUGUCAACGAUAUUACUGUUGAUGGUCUCUUAAACGACGGUCAUGCUGCUGUGUUCCUUGGUAUCGGUCUUCCAGAGCCUAAAAGUGUUCCAAUAUUCAAGAACUUAACCCAGGAUAUGGGUUUCUUUACCAGCAAGGAUUUUUUGCCGCUUGUAUCUAAAGGCAGUAAGAAAGGUAUUUGUGCGUGCAAACCCACUUUACCCGAAUUAUAUGGGAAUGUAAUAGUAUUGGGUGCGGGAGACACAGCCUUUGAUUGCGCAACUUCCGCUCUUCGCUGUGGAGCUAGGCGAGUCUAUGUCGUGUUUAGAAAAGGAUUUACGAACAUUAGGGCUGUGCCUGAGGAGGUAGAUUUAGCGAAGGAAGAAAAAUGCGAAUUUGUUCCAUUUAUGUCCCCUCGUGAAGUUAUAGUACGAGAUGGAAAGAUAACAGCUUUGAAGAUGUGUCGUACAGAACAACUAGAUAAUGGUGAUUGGAUUGAAGAUGAAGAUCAGGUGAUGCAGCUCAAAGCUAACUUCAUUAUCUCAGCGUUUGGUUCUGGGCUCUAUGAUACGGAUGUAAAAAAAGCGAUGUCAGGUGUCAAAUUAUCACGUUGGGGUCUCCCUGAUGUUGAUGGAAGUACAUUACAAAGCGUUUCCGAACCACGUGUGUUCGUCGGUGGAGAUUUAGCCGGCCUUGCCGAGACCACUGUGGAAUCAGUCAAUGAUGGAAAGACUGCCGCUUGGUAUAUGCACUGUUAUCUACAGGGUAUCCCGUUUGACGCCCCUGCGGAGCUACCAAAAUUCCAUUGCCCCAUUGACGACGUGGACCUGUCAGUGGAGGUGUGCGGUAUCAAGUUUGAGAACCCUUUCGGCCUUGCGAGUGCUCCUCCUACAACAAGCUCUGCGAUGAUUCGACGAGCUUUCCAGCAGGGAUGGGGCUUCGCUGUCACAAAAACUUUUGGUCUGGAUAAGGAUAUUGUAACCAACGUGUCACCUCGUAUCGUGCGUGGAGUGACAUCAGGCGAGAAUUUUGGUCCAGGGCAGGGAUCCUUCCUCAACAUCGAACUAAUCUCAGAGAAGAGCGAGGCAUACUGGUGUCAAAGUAUAAAGGAACUCAAGCGAGAUUUCCCUACUAAGGUUGUAAUAGCGUCAAUAAUGUGCUCGUAUAAUGAAGAAGAUUGGACCAAUUUAGCAACGAAGGCAGAAGCGUCAGGCGCUGAUGCUCUAGAACUGAACUUAUCCUGCCCUCACGGCAUGGGUGAAAGCGGUAUGGGACUCGCUUGUGGACAGGAUCCCAUGCUCGUCAAAGGCAUAUCUCAAUGGGUGCGAAAAGCAAUUAAAAUACCAUUUUUCGUCAAAUUAACGCCGAAUAUUACAGAAAUUGUAACUAUCGCUAAUGCUGCUUAUGAAGGUGGCGCUAGUGGAGUGUCAGCAAUCAACACUGUAUCUGGCCUUAUGACUGUCAAAGCUGACGCCACACCUUGGCCUGGAGUUGGUAUAGAGAAAAAGACUACAUAUGGCGGUGUAUCAGGCAACGCUACUCGGCCUAUGGGACUUCGGGCAGUAUCUUCAAUAGCCAACAAAUUACCCGGUUUCCCAAUACUCGGAAUUGGAGGCAUUGAUUCCGCAGACUCAGCACUGCAAUUUAUACUCUGUGGAGCGCCAGUUGUUCAGAUAUGCAGUGCUGUACAGAACCAAGACUUCACAUUGGUAGAUGACUACAUUACAGGUCUUAAAGCUUUAUUGUACUUACGUUCAAAGGGACUUAACGGUUGGGUCGGCCAAUCCCCACCGAGCUUUAAACAUCAGAAAGGAAAACCUGUUCAGACACUGUACGACGAUAAUGGAAAGGUACUAGCCCACUUUGGGCCAUACCAACAGAAACGUGAACGAAUGCUUGAAACGUUACGAGAAAAUUCCGAUUUAAACGAUGAUUCGAUCUUAAAUAAUGGCUCUGUCAAUGGUAACUGUGAAGUGCCAAAGAUCAAAGAUGUUUUAGGUCUGGCAUUACCAAGGAUUGGUACUUACAAACAGCUAGAUAAUACAAAACAAGUUGUUGCUCUUAUUGACGACGACAUGUGUAUAAACUGCGGUAAAUGUUACAUGGCCUGUGCUGAUUCGGGAUACCAGGCUAUUGAGUUUAACGCUGAUACCCACAUCCCGCGGGUGACUGACGACUGCACAGGAUGUACAUUAUGUUUGUCUGUGUGUCCCAUCAUUGACUGUAUUUCUAUGGUGCCUAAGAAAAUCCCUCAUAUCAUCAAAAGAGGGUUCCAUUACCAAGUCCAUCCUAUAUCACCAUUAGAUGGGGUGUGUCAAUAA